UGGUCUGUUUCAACCUGUCCUAUUUUUGGCUGUGCGCUUGUUGAGUUACGUUCACUGCUGCUGGCGAUUUUAAUGACCUUUGGUAUUCAUUUCGUAAAGAGAACAGGCCACCGUUUAAGUCACGUGUUCUUGAGAAACUGGGACCUUCUUCGUGACGAGUGCAAGUACCUCGGAUAAAAGAGCAGGAAGAUGUUCUUGUCACAGUUCCAGGUUGAGAAGCUGGAGUACUAUUUCAACUUUUUUGACGCAGAUGGAAACGGGAAGCUGGAAAUGCUUGAUCUGGACUUCAUCAAGAAGCGUAUCCUGAACUUCACUGGGUGGGCAGAGGAUUCGCAACAGGCCAUGAAGUCAGCUGAAGUCCACGAGGCGUUCUUCGAGGUGUUGUUUGAGCGGGUGGAGGGUGAUUCUUCCGAACCGAAGCAUGAGGUGAGUCUGACGGAGUGGAUCAACAUGUGGGAGAAGUUGUUGCCGGGCACCAUGGGGAUGCAGAACUUUCCGGUGUGGAUGAGGCUCCUGCCGGAGACGCUCUUCAGAAUAAUUGACAGGAAUGGAGAUAACGAGAUCGAUGAGGACGAGCUCUGUGUUUUCUAUGAAAAAAUGUGUGACGUGGACCCAGCAGAGGCCAAGAGCCAAGCCAAGAAGGCCAUCGACCAGAUGACAGAUAACGGUAUGUACCCACUGGAUGCAACUAGCUAUGAGCAGAUCUUUGCCAACUUCUUGAUCGGAAGGACGCCAUUCGGGCCAGGGCGGUUCAUCUUUGCCUGCUUCAGCCACAAGGACCCGCAGUUCCAGCUGAUCACCCCCAUCAUGGACGAGAUCGCGCAGUCGACAAAGGGAAGGCGGGGCAGCAAGGGGGUAGAGUUACCGCGCCCCAAGAGACAGGCUUUAAAGUGAGCUCACCGGCUCUGUGUCGAAUGUUCGGCUCAUCAAGGUCAAGGUCAUUUAAGGGUAUCAUUAUGUAAUAACAACAUAACGACAGUUACUAAAACUGUACAUACAUAUGUCGGUGUCAGGGGUCGUAAAGUGAUUUGAGGCGGGACUGUGCGGAAUUGCGUCCCUAGCUGUUGGGAGCUUAUGAUCCUGUUGCAGUUUAUUUGGCCACGCUCAGCAAUAUUCCAGCUACUUCACGGCGGCCUGUAUAUAAUCGAGUCUGUACCAGACAAUCCAGUGAUUAAUUUGAGCAGCAAAGCUUGCUGGGGACCGAGUUUGUCCCCACGGGGGUCUUAUGGUCCUGAGUUAGUCAUCAUCGUGACCUGCUUGAGGGUAUCACCCACGCGGUACGUAGCCUACAAACCAAGGAUCAUAAUCGGGGCUUGUCUUGGAUUUGAACCCAGACUAUCAGAAGCUAGCACGGCGAUGGGACACAAUUCUGCACCGCUGUUGUAGCGCCUUAGGUCAUCCAAGGCCCCGAGAGGAUAUGUGCAUGGAUCUCUUGAUCUGUUAUAAAGAGGGCUUGUAAUUUAGAAAUACACAGGGAAAAAAAUAAAAACAUGGUUGUGAGGUUAGUUGUGCAAUAUCAGGAAGAUUGUUUGGCAAUGUUGUCAACACGCCAUACCCUGACAAAGUAGAGACAAAGUAAAGAUCCUUAUACUGUUGUCAACACGCCAUACCCUGACAAAGUAGAGACAAAGUGAAGAUCCUUAUACUGUUGUCAAGCAAGGCUGAAUAAUGAACAUGGCACAAAAUGGAUCUAGAAGGUGGCGGUGAACCCGAACUCGGUUGAUGAAGCAGUAACCGUUAUUCUCCAUUAUGUGUCCCCUUAUUUAUUUCUAUCAGUAUAAGUUCAUCGUUUGUCUUUUUUAUCACAGAAAAAAAACAACAUUAUCAAGAACAUAAAUCGUAUCGUGGCACCUCCAUCAGAAAGAAUGAAUGUUUUUCCACCUCAAAUCAGUUGGAUGUGGAUGUAUGCAUCGUCCAUAAAUAAAAACUUUAUAGAUAAAUUUCAAGUGAUUCCAUGGCAAUUUUAUUUGUGUUUCAUGUUUCCACAAAGCGGAAAAAUCCAUUAGGCCACGCCCACUAAUGGACUAUUGUUCUUACCUGGUUGAAAAUAGAAUGGGCGGGGCUUGUUUAUUGCGCUGAACGAUGUCACUGAUUUGGCAUUGUCAACAGUGUCUUUUUGUUAAUGAUUAAGUACGUAGUCUGUGAAGUUAUUAGUGUUGACGUAUUUAUUUAUAAGAAUUGACUCCAAUAUGUUUUUGCAUUUAUUGAGGUAUAAAAGUUUAAAAACGGUGUGCAUACUUUGUGUAAAUCUGUUUUUUAUGUUUACAUCUCCAUAAACGCAAAAAAAUAUUGCAGUCAAUUUUUAAAUGCUAGUAAACUGCAUUCAUGGGCACGAUGCUGUGAUAGUGACUUCUAACGGUAGGCCCAACUGAAGACUCUAUGAAGAUAUGCAUUUGGCAUUGGUUUUAGACAAAACCCUUACUAUCAAUACCUGCUUCAGUUAUAUAGAUACAAUCUAGAUAGUAUAGUUAAUCAUAAGAGCAGAAUAGAAACGUCAGUUCAAAUCUUAUUAUUAAUUGAUGAAAAAUAUUGGCUUUAAUAUGAAGAAACAAGACUCCGAGAAUGAAAUAUUUCUUUCCUCGUGUCCUGUUUUAAAACAAGGUAGAAAUCAAAGGCCAUAUGGGUUACCAUUGGACCGGUCAUUUAUAACAGUGUGUGUGGUGCAGAGGGAAUAGUGAGAGAAACAAUAACCCUCCCCUAAUGCUUGUCAUAUUUUUGGACCCACGUCCUUGUACACUUUUUUCAUGACCCUCCCUGAAAA